AUGGGGGUGGUCUUGGUCAUUGGAAAGCUAUGUUUUUAUGUGUUAAUGACCACAACAAAGCCAGCACCGUUGACAACUUGUAGCGACUGCCCCGCCAACGACACCAGAAAUGAAGCAAUCAAAGAAAGGAGUCCAAGCAUUUCCGAGGGCAAAGAAUUAGUGAGGCUGCCGAGAGAGGUCGGUGGCGAUGCUGCUGGGGGCAUGGCCAUCCCAGGCAUACCUGGCAUGCCCUCAUGUGCGAUAACAACAGCCAUGAGAGUGAAAAUGGCAAAACAAGCAGCACAUGUUGCAGCUGAGACCCCAAAAGCCAUAGCUCUAAUGCCUUAUAAAGGUGAAGAAGAGAAUUAA